AAGAUGAAGAUAAUGUUAAAAAAAUUGAAGCUGAAUUGGAAGAAUCAAAUAAUGUAAAAGAGACUGAAUAUAAUAUAGUAUUAGAAGAUGAAAAUAAAGAGAAUGAAAAAAUUAUUGCAAUAGAUAGAACACAUAAUCACUUGAUCAGAAUAAAUAAAAGAGAA